GGUUACGGUCACUUCUGUUAAAGAAGACCACUAAAAGGGUACACUGAUGUUCUGGUUUUGGUAUGAAGUUGGACAUCUGAAUCCGUAGUUAAGCUGCCUCGCAAAUUGUUCGCUAACUUCUAAGUGGGUUAGAGAGUGUGAACACAGGGCUAACUAUAAAAGAUGGACAGCGGAAUUGCAUCUGGCAGUGAUGAGGGCUGUCUCUCCAGAAUGGCCCUCAAUGACAACAAAGCUGGAAUGGAGGGACUUGACAGGGACAAGAUCAACAAGAUCAUUAUGGAGUCAUCGAAGGGUUCCAGAUUCUAUGAAAACGAACUGAAGAAAGACCGUCAGGUAAACCAGCGCAUUGAGAGGAUGAUGCAACAGAAGGCACAGAUUACUGAGCAGCAGUUGAGGAAAGCACAAACACAGGUGGACAAACUGGCCUUUGAGCUGGAGAGGAGUCGUGAUUUAAGCCGUGUGAUUGUACAUGUGGACAUGGAUGCUUUCUAUGCUGCUGUUGAGAUGAGGGACUGCCCUGAACUUAAGGACAAACCAAUGGCUGUAGGAUCCAUGAGUAUGCUAUCAACAUCUAACUACCAUGCAAGGAAGUUUGGGGUUCGAGCUGCCAUGCCAGGGUUCAUUGCGAAGAAACUCUGUCCUGCUUUGGUCAUUGUUCCACCCAACUUUGAAAAGUACAGAGCUAUUAGUGAUGAGAUACAGGAGAUCUUUGCAGACUAUGACCCCAACUUUCAGCCACUGAGCCUGGAUGAGGCAUAUCUGGAUUUCACAGACCACUUGGAACAGAGAAGGAGUUGGCCGGAAUCGUUGCGCACGCAUCACCUAUACACCAACAGCUCUGGAGCGGGUGAAGCACAAACUGAGCUCCCCCAGGGGACAACAAGGGAGGCUGAAGACCUUUCUCCAGUUCUGUUUGAGGACAGCCCCAGCAGCUCUCCCUGGCUGUUGGGCUCCAAAGGAUCAGAUGUGGCUGGGGGGUUGGAAGUGUUUGGAACCUCUGCAGAGGAAGCUGUGAGAGAGAUGCGCUUCCGCAUCGAGCAGAAGACGAUGCUGACUGCCAGUGCAGGCAUUGCUCCAAAUAUGAGGCUUGCCAAAGUGUGCAGUGACAAGAACAAGCCCAACGGCCAGUACAGACUUCCCUCCGACAGAGAGGCAGUCAUGGACUUCACCCAGAAUCUACCAGUUCGCAAAGUGUCUGGCAUAGGGAAAGUGAGCGAGAAGAUGCUCAGUGCGUUGGGUAUCUGCAGCUGUGCCCAUCUUGGCCAGGAGAUGGCGCUGCUGUCCUUGUUGGUCUCUGAGACAGCAUGGCAUCACUUUAUGCACAUUUCUCUGGGUUUAGGCGCCACACACAUAGAAAGGGAUGGUGAAAGAAAAAGUAUGAGCACAGAAAGGACAUUUAGGGAGUUGAGUGCAGUUGAGGAGCAGUUGUCUUUAUGCAGACAGCUGUGUGAAGACCUCGCCAAGGACAUGAAGAAAGAAGGACUGAAGGGUAAAACAAUAACACUGAAGCUGAAGAAUGUGAAUUUUGAGGUGAAGAACAGAGGAUCGACGCUGCCAUGUGCUGUUGCUACGGUGGAGGAGAUCUUUGCUGUCGCUAAGGAACUACUGAAAACUGAAAUAGAAAAUGUCAGUCCACAGCUGCUCAGACUGAGGCUCAUGGGGGUUCGAAUCUCUAAUUUUGUCAGCUCAGAUGACAAGAAGCCUUUACAGAAGAGCAUCGUGAGCUUCCUUCAGCAAGGUAGAACAGAGGGUUCUGGUGGCCUUUCCCAUGGCUUCCCCCAAAAGUCUGGGAAAGAGGAUCCCAUCUAUCUGUCCACUCAGAGCCAGUCCUCUUCUUGCUUUCCCCUGGCCCAGCCACAGCACCAGAAGAAUAGACAGGAUGGAGUGCCCUGGUUUGCUAGGCAGAUGGAAUUAGAGGUGGAUAGGAUUGGUGAACAACAGCAACAGUCUUUUUUCCGUAGGGCCCAUGCCCAAAGAUUGCAACUCCAGACUUUGAACACAUACAUAAAAGAGGAAAACCACAAGAAUUGUUCCUCUGGGAUUAUGGCCUUUGGCACCCACACUCAAAACAGCAAGGAAUCGCCAACACAUUGUCAACAGAGUAACGUUUUGGUCUCAAGUAGAACAUCAGCUGUCCCUCACACAACAGAUGUCACUGUCUUCCCCAUAGAAUCCAAUGCAUCCACUUCAGGCUGGGUUACCACAGUCUCAGAAAGCCUCGUGUGUCCCGUGUGUUUUAGAGAAGUGGAGACCACCGACCUGAAUAUCUUCAACCAACACAUAGACCAGUGUCUCAGCUGUGCCUGUAUAAAGCCAAACCAAGAUACUGACUCCGAUUCAGAUUUGGAACUAGAGCAAGUCCAAAACAAACGGGACAAGAUGGAUCCUAAGGGGGAGAGGGAAAACCAAAAUAAAGGCUCCCAUGUGAUUGAAAUGUCUGAGCAAUUGCAUAGAAUGCCAUACUCAAAUCUAAGUACCGAAAAAAAUACAAAUAUAAAUCUCUGUGACACCUCAGAUCCUUCACCAGACCAUCACAACUUGAAAAAUUAUGAAGUUCACUCUUUUCCAAGGGUAUCUUUAACACACAAAGGCAGCACUGGAGGAGUGAGCUUAAAGCAGCCCGAGAUGUGUCAUGAUCACAAAGAGUCAGCCCUCAUCUGCCCAGUGUGUCAGGUGACCCAGGAUACUAAUGACCUCACCAUUUUCAACCAUCAUGUUGACCUCUGUCUGAACCAGCAAGUGCUGCUUGAGCUAGAAGGACAGCCAUCCACUACGGGCCAACCUUCAGUUACUGUUAGGAAAAGUAAGGUCAGAGAGGGAGACCAGCUUUUGCUGAGGCCAGUAAACAAAGGCAAAAGUAAAAGGCAGAAUUCACCUUCCUCUCCACCUUCUAAGAGGGCUAAAGGUCUUGGCCAGCUAGUUACUAUCGACAAGUUUUUCCGUUGA